AUGACGUCGAUCAGCUGGUCCAUGAGAACCAGAGGAGGCCCGCGGCUGCCUUUCUAUCAGGCCUGCCCCAAAUUCACCAGCUGGAGCCAUCUGACGGCCACACUCCUGACCUCCAUCCUGGCAGCGGUGCUCGGCUCCCUGCAGAUUGGCUACCACACGGGCAACGUCAACGCUCCGGCCAAGAUCAUUGAAGAGUUUUUCAACCACACCUGGAGAGCCAGGCACAACCAGUCGAUGCCAGAUCACAGCCUGACUCUCCUGUGGUCGCUCUCUGUCAGCAUUAAAGACUUCGGAGCCUUGCUGGGCUCGCUGGGAGUCAAAUACCUGGCAGACUCUUACGGAAGACGUAACUCCAUCCUAAUAGUGAACUGUCUCUCCGUGGUGGGAGCGUGCCUGAUGUCCGCCUCCAAAGCCAGCGAGUCAUUUGAGGUCCUCAUCCUGGGACGGUUGGUGUUCGGUCUCUUCUGCGGCCUGGUGAUGAGUCUUAAUCCGCUCUACAUCCAGGAAGUGUCCCCCACAAACCUGAGAGGGGCCUUCGCCACACUCAACCAGGUGUCCUUUGCCACAGGCAUCCUGGUGGGAAUGGUGGCUGGUCUGGAGACAGUGUUGGGUACGGAGCAUUACUGGGCCUUGAUGCUGUCGCUGUCGGUUAUCCCGGCCCUGACGCAGUAUCUGGUCUUGCCUUUCUGUCCCGAGAGCCCUCGCUACCUGCUCAUCAACCGUGGAGAGGAGAGCAAAGCAGAGGCUGCCCUGCUGAGGUUGAGAGGAAGCUCAGACAAGGUGUUCGCUGAGCUGGAAGAGAUGAAGGAAGAGGCCGCCCACACUCAGACCGGUGUCACCAUCCAAGAGUUCUUCAAGAAGCGCAGAUACAAGCAGCCAAUCAUCAUCGUCCUCGUCAUCAACUUGGGCAGCCAGCUAUCCGGAUUCAAUGCGAUCAUCAAUUAUUCCACCAGAAUGUUCCAGGCCAAGUUUGAUCAGGCCAAAUACCUGACUCUGGGCGUGGGGGUCGUCAAUGUGACCUUCACUUUGGUGGCAUUCUUCCUGAUGGAAAGGGCAGGAAGGAGGAGAUUGCUCCUGACUGGUUUCAUCUCCUUAGCUGUGUGCAACUUACUCAUGACCAUAGUGGAUUCUGUGCUGCACCUGGUCCCAGAGCUGCGGAGCCUGCAGGUCCUGCUGGUUUUCUGCCUGAUCUCAGCCUACGAGCUGGGCCCCGGCCCCAUCUCAUGGUUCAUCGCUGCUGAGCUGUUCGACCAGCCUGGCAGACCCAUCGCUAUGGCCUUCACCAGCAUGCUCAACUGGGGAGGGAAGUUUGUUCUGGCACUCCUCUUUCCUCCAUUACUGAAAAUCUGCGGUGCGUACGUCUACCUCCUCUUCAUGACCGUGGCUCUGGUCGCCUUCACCUUCACCUGGAUUCGCCUCCCAGAGACAAAAGGACGCACAUUCGACGACAUUGCAGAGGAGUUCAGAGGAGCGGAGGGCAUCCCUUUGCACAAUAAGACUGGAUUCAACACUUUCCCCUGACCGACAAUUCAUCUAAGAUUACAUUAAACUGAAUUAUACAGUUGGAGAACAGUCCAACAUCUUUCCUUGAAUUGGUGUUUCCAGCAGCCUUCCAGCUCAUUAUUGGUCUGUGAAAUCUCACAUAUCUCUGAACUGUGUACACUUGUAAGAUGUCUGUGAAAACCGACCACAGCUGUGUGAAUAAAUAUUUCAUCAAAUAUGAUCUACUGCGGCUUGCAGGAACCGCAGAGGAAGACGAGCCAGGAGAUCAGAGAUCACAGGAGAAGAUUGGGUUUUAAAACACCAGAGGGCAAACUGAAAUUUACAUAUAAAUUACUGUACUGGUUCAUUCAACGUCAGCAUCUAAUAACUCACGAGUCUGGGUCUCAGUUUUGUCAUGUGUUAAGAAGAUUUAAGUCUGUCUCAGAUUUCUCUGUCUCUCUGUAUGAAAACAGUGCCAUCUACUGGACCAAACUUUAUAGGAGAUGUUGUUAAUUAAACUACAAUACAAUUCUUUAUUACAGCUACAGAGUCUAGUAAUAAAUACAGCAACCUUUUGUGCUGCAAUACUUUCACUUGAGUCACCAGAACAACUGUGAAUUUCAGUUUUGAACAGCUCAGUGUGUUACCACUAGCAGCUGUUCAGCUUCAGAGAAGACAGUCAAUUUAUAUAUAUCGCUGUUAAAAUGAGGGUGAUACUAGCAGUACUACUACAAUGAAAUUAUGUUGCAAAAAAUAUCAAUUUUUUCUUAAUCUACAGUAUACUGGUACACCAAGACAGUCAACAAAUAUGUAACUGAACUGCAGCAUUCAAUUAAUUUGCUCUGGAAACAGGGUUGUAUUCAAAUGAGGGAUUCGGAGAAAAUUAAACACACUAAGUUUUUUAUCUUUAUGAGAAUUUUUUUAUGUAGACAUGCUGUAACCAUAGAAAUAAAAGUGAACUGUUGGCCAUAGUAAUUUAGUUAGUCAUUUUCACUCCAAAAUGGCAGAAGCGUA